AUGAUGAAAUUUGCUUGGGAUAACUACAAACAAUAUGCACUUGGAAAAAAUGAACUGCGACCCCUGACUAAGAAUGGCCACAUCGGUAACAUGUUUGGAGGCCUUCGAGGAGCUACGGUGGUAGAUGCCUUAGAUACACUGUACAUCAUGGAACUCGAGGAGGAAUUCCAAGAAGCAAAGAAGUGGGUGGAGAAGAGCUUUGACUUGAAUGUGAACGGAGAAGCAUCCUUGUUUGAGGUGAACAUCCGCUAUAUUGGAGGACUGUUGGCCGCGUACUACUUGACUGGAGAAGAGGUGUUCAAGAGUAAAGCUCUGGAACUUGGAGAGAAACUUUUACCAGCUUUUAACACCCCCACUGGUAUCCCACGUGGCGUCAUAAAUCUGGGCAGUGGCAUGAGCUGGAGUUGGGGUUGGGCAUCGGCUGGAAGCAGCAUCUUAGCGGAAUUUGGUACCUUGCACUUGGAAUUCCUGCACCUCUCGGAGCUCUCUGGCAACCCGGUGUUUGCAGAAAAGGUGACCAACAUCCGGAAAGUCCUGAACAGAGUUGAGAAGCCUCAGGGCCUUUAUCCCAACUUUCUCAGCCCGGUGACAGGGAACUGGGUGCAGCACCACGUCUCCAUUGGGGGGCUUGGGGACAGCUUUUAUGAGUAUCUCAUCAAAUCUUGGCUAAUGUCAGACAAAAAAGACUCUGAAGCUAAAAAGAUGUACGACGAUGCACUAGAGGCAAUAGAAAAGCAUUUGGUCAAAAAGUCUGCUGGAGGAUUGACAUACAUUGCUGAAUGGAGGGGUGGCAUCUUGGAUCACAAAAUGGGCCACUUGGCUUGCUUCUCUGGGGGCAUGAUAGCGCUUGGAGCUGAACAUGCUGGAGAAGAGAGGAAGCAACAUUACAUGGAUCUUGCUGCAGAAAUAACAAACACGUGUCACGAGUCUUACACACGCUCAGAUACCAAACUUGGCCCUGAAGCCUUUCGCUUUGAUGCUGGAACUGAAGCCAUGGCAACCAGACUCAGCGAGCGCUACUACAUCCUACGUCCAGAAGUGGUAGAAAGCUACAUGUACAUGUGGCGGCUGACACACGAUCCCAAGUACAGGCAGUGGGGCUGGGAGGUUGUGAAGGCCCUGGAAAAACAUUGUAGAGUAGAAGCUGGUUUUUCUGGCAUCCGAGAUGUUUACACCACAACCCCAACCCAUGACAACAUGCAACAGAGUUUUUUCCUCGCAGAGACUCUGAAGUACCUCUAUCUUCUGUUCUGUGAAGAUGACGUGCUGUCCCUGGACGACUGGGUGUUCAACACAGAGGCUCACCCCCUGCCCGUCAACCACACGAACUUUAAAGCAAGUGUGCAGUAGUGAGGCCAUUGCCCAGCGCCCUGUUUCUGCAGCGUCGGCGGGUGACUGCAUUUCCUUUCCAUUAAAGGAAUUCGCAUUGUUCCUAAAAUGGUAUUUUGGGGCACUAGUCCAAUUCCGGACAGUAUUAUAUUGGGAAGAUGAAACCAUGACGUAAGCACCUUCUUUUCCUCUGUGAGGAGCUCUAUUAGCCUGAUAAUGAGAUGUUUAUUCUGGGCCAUAUUGUACACAGUUCAUAGACAUUCCUUUAUACAGAGAAUUUAUAUGAAAUCCACUGACUUUGCUUUAUAGUGGCCAAAGGACUGGAAGUUUGCCAUAAAAUAGACUUCACACACACACACACCCCACACACACACACAUCUUCCUUUCGUUUUUCUGUUUUGUUUUUGCCUUUUAUAUACUCUUGGAUUUAUCACCUUUCUAACUGACAGUUUUCAAUAGACUGUGCUUUCUAGGUGGUAGGCUCUUCAGGAGGACAGGAUAGGAGAAUGAGGAAGAGGAGUUGCCCUUUGUGUGAGACAGCAGCUGAAGUGUGUGGAGCUCUGCCUAGGGGUGACUGAGAGCUUAUGGGAUGGGUUAGGAUUAAAGAGAGGACAGAUAAAGGUGACAUUAUAGUCGGUGUCUGCUAUGGGCCACCUGACCAGGAAGAACAAGAGGAUUGGGCCCUCUGCAGGUAGAUAGGAGCAGCCUCAGGUUUGAAUUUGCAAGCCCUGGUCCUCAUGGGGGACUUCAACCACCCUGCUGUCCGCUGGAGGGACAGCAUAGCAGCACAAAAGCAAUCCAGGAGGUUUCUUGAGUGGAUCGAUGAUCAAUUCCUCCACCAAGUGGCAGAGGAGCUAACAAGGAGAGUUGCUCUGCUGGACCUCAUGCUCAGCAGCAAGCAGGGGCUCACUGGGGAUGUGAAGAACCAAGGCAGCAUUGGCUGUAGUGACCAUGAGAUGGUGGAGUUUAGAAUCCUGAGGGCAGGAAGGAGGGUGAAAAGCAAGCUCACAACCCUGGGCUUCAGGAGAGCAGACUUGGGCCUCUUCAAAGUUCUGCUUGGAAGAGUCCUGUGGGAUAAAACCCUGGAGGGAAGAGGGGCCUGAGAAAGCCAGUUAAUAUUCAAGAAUCGUGUCCUCCAGGCUCAAAAGCGUUCCAUUCCAAUGAGCAGGAAGUCAGGCAAAAAUGCCAGGAGGCCUGUGUGGAUGAACAGAGAA